AUGUUCAACACGUUUCAGCGGCAAAAAAACGUUUUGGAGAUCAAGAAACGUAAAAUUCACAGUGAUUUUGGAAACUCAUCCUCAAAAGAUGGUACCGUUACAGCAGAUAGGUUCCACCAAGCUAUAGCUCCAAUUAUUUUAGUCAUCCAAAUUUUCGGCAUCUUCCCUCUCGGGAACGUUAUGGCCCGAAAUCCGGGAGACUACAAAUUCGGCCGGUUGCAUCUCUGUUACUGGAUUUCGGCGAUUGCCAUUUUCGGUGGCUACGCUUUGGCAACGUUGAGCAUCAAUCGAGUUUGGAGCAAACUGAACGUUUUCAACAUCGAUGAGGCACUGUUCUUCGGCAUCAAUGCCACUUGUUCGGUAAUCACUUGGAAGAUCGCUCGUGAAUGGAAGUUUUUGACAACUAGGUGGUACCACACCGAGGAAUUGUUUUUGACUGAUGCAUUUGUAAGGGUUUCCUUAAAGUGGAAAAUUCGUUUACUUGCCGUGACAAUACUGUUGUUGGCACUAGCUGAACACAGCAUGUGCGUAUUGAGUAAUAUCCUCUCGCUUUAUAAGGUAGCAUGGAACUGCAAAUGGGACAUUCCGGAUCAUUUCCAUUUCUAUUCAUCUGCCAAUUUUCAAUCCGUUUUCAAAGUAUUUCCGUACAACGUACCGAUGGCCAUUUACAACCAAUACGUGAUAAUUUCCAUGACAUUCACAUGGAACUUCGUAGAUUUGUUCAUAAUACUUGUGAGUAUCGGGAUUCACGCAAGAUUUCAUCAGCUAAACAUUUUUAUCGAAAGUCGUAUUCAUCGAAAGCAAGAUGAACAGUUUUGGGAACAAAUCCGGAUCCUCUACACGACCCUUUGCGAACUGAUGGAUGUUUUAAACACCCAUAUCAGCAAACUUAUGUUUAUCUCAUUCGGCAACGACCUGUACGUUCUUUGCAAGCAGAUCUCGAAUGCGAACGCUCAUCUCCCCUUUUUUAUCAAUAAGUUGUACUUUCUCUAUUCGUUUACUUUUCUCCUGUUGAGAACAUUUUUGAUGUUUUGGUACUGUUCGAAAGUUCACGACGUCAGUCAAGAACCGUUUCAACUGAUUGAAAAAGUAUCAAGUGAUGACUUCUGCGAAGAGUUGAGGCGAAUCCAGAUGUACUCAAAGAAAGGUGUUGGCUUUUCCGGCCUUGGUCUGUUUCGUGUUACCCGACAGAUUCUACUUUCGGUUGCCGGAACUAUAGUUACUUAUGAGCUUGUAAUGGCAAUGUAUCGGAGGCGCUCUCCUGUCUUUGAGUUUGAACCAAAUUGUGACAUGCCGAAGCUAGUUUGA